CGCCUCUAGAAUUUGUCACCUAUCACAACAGCUUCUCAGGCGACACUGCGACUUUAAUUUGUUCGUGCAUGUACAACUACACGCAACAAGAAAAAGUUUUUGUCCCGUGAGAAUGGAAUCUUUAUUUCUAGGCUUGUGUCAUAACAAGCCAAAAAAAUCGGUGGCAACCGCAAUAGUUCUGGAAGACUAUAUUUGCACGCAGGGUGAUCUUGCCCUCAUCGAUUUUAUUAAGGAAAUUCUUUGUGAACCAAGGGUAGAAGUCGUGCUUAUUGAUGAUGCCUUUGUUGAAAGGAAGUCGAUGGAAUGUUUAUUUAAGCCGAAUGCAUAUCUUGGUGACGAGGUUAUAGACUGUUACAUAAAUUUAAUAAAAGCUCAAAAGCAUCUAAAGUGCCGAUCUAGAGGUUGUGUCCACAUAGAAAAUGCUUUCCAGAUCAAUUUUCUGAAGCGAGAUGGUGAUGUUGAAAUUAAAACAGAGGAGCUAUAUCCAAUUAAAGACAUGUCACAAAUAUGUAGCGUUGAACGAAGGGUUUUACUUUACCUAGACCAUGACAUGGUGUUUAUUCUGAUAAACAUCCGAGAGACACACUGGUACCUUGUCGUGAUCAAUGCAAGAAAUAUGGAGAUACAAGUGCUCGAUUCACUUGGUACUUCACAAGACCGCAAAGACCUCACUGACUCUAUUAAAGGACUCCAAAGACAAAUUGGUAUGACAUCUCAACGUAAGGAGUUAAAAGACCACAGGUGGCCAGACCUCCAAGUUGCUUCUUGGCCGCUCAGAGAAAUAGAAAUGGCAUAUGCAAAGCAGACAUAUAGCUCUUUAUGUGGCCUCUUUCUUUUGAACUAUAUCGAAUACUGGACAUGGGAUGAAUUGUCUGAUAAUUUUACCCAGGAUGACAUGUCACACUUUAGGGAAACAAUGGCUGCUAUAUUACUAUCUUCAGACCUGAACAAGAGAAAGGGGUGUCUGUUAUACAAUUAUGAAAAAGAAGUUGACACUGGAAACUCAUCUGAUGUUGAGAUAUUAGACAUCCCAACAAAUCCUAAGAAGAGAAAACUACUCCACGUGCUUGAUGACCGCUGAAAGGGAAUUAGGGUUACACCUAGUUCCUAUAUAAUUUUGGUGGUUGAAUUGCCCAACACAAAUAAUUGGACUAACUAGUUUGCCCAAGUGUGUAGAUUAUACAGGUGUAAAAGGUUCACCCUCAGCCAAUAAAAGGACCAAGUUUUGGAUUCAAUAAAGGAGCAAAGGGGCAACCGAAGGCACCCCUGGUCUGGCGCACCGGACUGUCCGGUGUGCCACCGGACAGUAAACAGUACCUGUCCGGUGCACCAGGGGACUCAGACUCAAACUCGCCACCUUCGGGAAUUUCCAGGGCGACUCGGCUAUAAUUCACCGGACUGUCCGGUGUACACCGGACAGUGUCCGGUGCGCCAAGGGAGGUCAGCCUCAGGAACUCGCCAGCUUCGGGAAAAGCCAACGGCUCGUCCGCUAUAAUUCACCGGACUGUCCGGUGUGCACCGGACUGUCCGGUGCGACUCCGGAGCAACGGUCAUCUCCGCGCCAACGGCUCUCUGCCGCGCAUUUAAUGCGCGCUCUGCGCGCGCAGAAGUCAGAAUCGCCCAUGCUGGCACACCAGACAGCAAACAGUACCUGUCCGGUGUGCACCGGACAUCCGGGCGGGCCCACAAGUCAGAAGCUCCAACGGUCAGAAUCCAACGGCAAUGAUGACGUGGCAGGGGGCACCGGACUGUCCGGUGUGCACCGGACUGUCCGGUGCGCCAUCGAACAGACAGGAUUCCCAACGGCCACAUUUAGUGGUUGGGGCUAUAAAUACCCCCCCACCAUUCAUUGUAUCCAAGUUUUCCACUUCUCAACUACUACAAGAGCUCUAGCAUUCAAUUCUAGACACACUAAAGAGAUCAAAUCCUCUCCAAUUCCAC